CUGUUUAGAGACGUUUGAUGUGAGCUAACGACGACCGUGUCCUCAGCGGAGAACUUUUUUUUUUUUUUUUGUAGGCGGAUUUCAAUAAUAAUAACAGCCGAAAUGAGAAAGAAAAAAUUUUGAAAAUUUCUAUCUCACUGUUUCGAUUUUUUAAUCACAUAGUGCCGUAGCAUGUCAGCGAUCCGAUACCGUACUUCAAUAUUUAUUUCCGAGUGAUAAAUGCUUUUCGUGUGCGCACAAUCGCAUCGUAAAGAGUAGUGUACUGUGCGUGGUCUGAAUAAAAUGGUGCAGAUGUGUCUGUUGGAAAUCGGUAUCCCAUCGUUGCCAUCAGAUUUUCAACACCACCGACAUGCGGAUUUGACACUCUAGUUGAAAAACAAAAAUGGCAAAUAAAGAACUUUGGUCCAGUUAAAACUGUUAUGGAAGCUGUACAGCAAACAGUAAUACAUCUGGACCGUGCUGCCAUGCCAUCACAAGCUCAAAUGGCGUAUUCUCAAAGGAAUCCUCAAAUUCAUGGAAGAAAUGUUAACCAUGGGGUAGUUCAAGUACCAGGAGACAACGGCCCUUACAAGCCAUCUUCUGUUGGUACUGGCCCUGUGCAUAAUAAUUUUGUUGGGUACCCAGCUAAUAUACGAUAUGUUUCUCAACCUGUAUACAUGUCAGCUACAACCACAGCAUCAAAUGCUUAUAGAGAUGCACCUUUCCAUUCUAGAGCAUUAAAUAUAUCUGAAAGAGGAUUAACAUUAAGUGGUGUUCCUUUUGAAUUAGGAAGAAGUGAUAUGAUGCCUACUGUAGCAAGGCAAAAUCGUAUAUCUUUAUUGUCAGCAACAAGUGAUUAUUACCAACGAAGUCGUUUACAAAUGGAACAUUAUCGAGAUGAAUCAUUGAGUCACAACUCUCAUAACACUGUUUCUAUGAACUUCAUGAGAGAAAGACCUGAUCAUGGUCCUCCACCUCCUUUGAAAAAACCAAAACUAAAUCCAAUUUCACCUCAACCCCCUCUUAAAAUUGAAAUAUCGGACCCCCCUUCUACAAGUGCAUAUAACCCUCAAGUAGAAGCUAUAUCACCAACCAUUGAUGAACCAAUGCCUGAGUAUAAAAAAAUUAGUGACAUUGCUCCAAAAUUAAAUAAAAUUGAAAAUGAUAUUCAUAAUAUCACUCAAGAAAUUGAAGACUUGAUUAAGUUAAAAGAAAAUUAUGAACAAAAAGAAUCAAAUUCAGAAGUUGUUAAAGUAGAACCCGAAGAAGACACAAAAAAAGAAUAUGUAGAAGAAGAUCCAAUGUUAUAUUUGACUCCAGUUCAGCAAAUUUACGCUUCAAACAGGAAAAAAGCAUAUGAAUCAAGAAUGAGUUUAGAAAAAUUUUCAAACAAAACUGAUCUUCCCUUAUAUAAUCAACCAUCAGAUGCUGCUGUUUAUCACGAAAACAGAAGAAAGUAUUCAUUAUUUAAAUCCAGACUAUUAGAGCAUCUUAGGAAAAAGAAAACUGAACAACAGGAAAAAAAAACUGAAAUUAAUGAAACUUACUCUAAACUUUAUAAAGAUUGGAUUCGUAGGGUGGAAAAAAUUGAAAGCUCACAAAAACGUAAAGCUAAAGAAGCCAAACAUCGAGAAUUAUUUGAAAAAGUAUUUCCAGAAUUAAGGAAAGCUCGUGAAGACAAAGAAAGAUUUAAUAGAGUUGGAGCUCGUAUUAAAAGUGAAGCUGAUUUAGAAGAAAUCAUGGAUGGGUUACAAGAACAAGAGAUGGAAGAUAAAAAAAUGAGGUCUUAUGCAGUUAUACCACCUCUUAUGUUAGAUCCACAUGAACGGCAUUUAACUUAUUUGAAUAAUAAUGGACUUGUGUUGGAUUACAAAACAGAAUACAAUGAAAGGAAAUAUGUCAAUAUUUGGACACAACAAGAAAAAGACGUAUUUAAAGAUCGUUUCAUUGCUCAUCCUAAGAAUUUUGGUGCAAUUGCAUCUUAUCUGGAUAAAAAAUGCCCUUCUGAUUGCGUACAAUAUUAUUACCUUAGUAAACCAAAAGAAGAGUAUAAAAGACUACUACGGAAAGCUAAGUGGCAAGCAAGACGUCGUACUGCUCAAAAUCGAACUCCUGCGAGUAGCUCAUUGAAUUCAUUGGAUAUUUUAAAUUCUACUUCCAUUGGAGUGACUACUAGACUUCAACGAGAACGUCAAGGUAGUGAAGCAGCAUCAUCAAAUUUAGCACAGGCUUCAGCAGCUCAAAAUGCAAUGCCUGAAAGUGAAGAAACUCCAGUGUCUACAGAAGUUGUUAUUGCUACUGAACAAGGUGUAAACAUUGAAACUCAAAAUCAACAGAUCAAUAAUGAUCAAAGUAAUGAAUCUGUUAACAAUUUAAUACAAACAUCUGUUGCAUCACACAUAAGUGAAAUAAAAUCGGAAUCAAAAAAGAAAGAAAGACGAAAAGAUGAUAAACUAAAAGGAGAAAAUACGAGUACAACUGAUGAAGAACUAAUGGAUUCACAACAUGAAACUGGAUCGAAAGGAGAUGUACCUAAAGGUGUAUGUGCAGUUUGUAAAGCUGAAAAUGUAGCUUGUCCUAGGAUACUUAAUCCUUCAGAUGCUACCCAAUAUGGUGUUAAGCCAGAAGAUAUUAUUCCUGGGGCUCGAGUUUGUAAUACUUGCCGUUGCAAAGUGGUUAGGUCCCAAAAUCGUCGUGUAAUAUAUUGCCCAUUACCAUCUUGUCCUACUGUUCAGUCUAAUAGUAGAAGACCAGUUAAAAGAUUACGCCCAUUACCUGCCAAAUGGAAUACUGCUCAAGAUAUUAUUGCUUUAGAAUUUCAAAUUGGACCAACAACAUCAAAGUGUUGUUCUGCUUGUUUUAAUCGUAUUCAAAGACGAUUAAUGUCACUGGGAGUAGUAGGGACUUCCAACAGUAUAAGUACCGAUACUUUAGAUGGAUGGACUGAUGAAGAGACUAAUGCAUUGAAGAAAGGAAUUCGUGAACAUGGCACCCGAUGGAGUGAAAUAAGCAAAUUAGUUGGACCUAAUAAGAGUCAUUAUCAGUGUAAGGAGUUUUAUUUUAGCUUUCGCAAAAAACUUGGUUUAGACCUCUUAGUACAGGAAUAUAAAAAGACAAACGGAAGUGAACAAAAGCCUGCUCUAACAGAUGAAGAAGAGUCUGGGUCUAGUACAUCUAGUUGUGAUGAAACUAAUCUUGUAUUAUGUGACAGUGAUACUCAAAGUGCCCCAUCACCAACGAACACUUUACCACAAACAUCACCAAUGCGAGAAACAUCAAGUCCAUCACAUGUGAAAUUGAUUACUAAAGAAACUCGAUUAGAUAAUGAAAAUGCAAUUCGUUCAGCUGCAAUCAAAGAAGAUUAUGAUAGUUCUGCUACUGAAACUGCAGAUGAAGGUAUUGGAGGUACUGCUGAAAAUGAGUCUAAUGUGUUGUUGCAACAUUCCAAUAAUGAAUCUGAAAAGAAAGAAAAAAUUGUAUCUGAUUUGAGCGUAUCAGAUAUUUUAUCUGAUGUAAUCGAAAAACAAUUUACUAAAGAACUUUCUAAUCGAGAGAAGGAAAAUAGUUCUAUGCCAACUAUAUCAUCCAUACUUUUAGAUCCUGAAUAUCCAAUUAAAGAUCGAAAUACAGCAUCUAGCAAUAAUGAAAAUAAACAACAACAGUCAAUGGCAACAAUAUCAGUUGUUCCUCCACCACCUAGGGAACUUCAUAAUAAAGAUGGUUUAGUUGUAGUUCAAGUUCAAUCUUCUAAAAUGUCUGAUGUUAGAGUUCCUGAAGGUGUAACUCUUGAUUUAAGUAUCAAAAGACCAAGAGAUGGAGAUUCUUAUACUGAUCCACCUCCAAUUAAACAUGCUCAGCCACCACCACCACCUGGAGCAAUGUAUAGACCACCUCCCACACAAAUUCAUGAAACAAAUACUUUUUAUUCUCCCCAGUUUGCUGAUUUGGCACGAAGUGGCAAGCAAGGUGAUCUAUAUUGGACAAAAAUAUCACCGCCAAAUAAUCAUGUCAUGGUCCAUCCAUCACAAUCAGUCUCCCAUAUUACUGUUAAGCAAUCUUCUCAUAAUAUAAAAAUACCACAUAAGGUAACUUCACCACAGUUGUCUGUUGGAAAUGCUGUAUCUUCAAAGUUAUCUCCAAAUAUAUUAAAUAAUGCAAAAGCUACUGGCUCUAUUAUGCAUGGUACUUCUGGUUCAACUGCAACUUUAUACAUGCCACCACAGUCAAACCGAUAUUCUCAAGCGCCUCAAGCUCCAGUUGGUUCCAUAACUCAAGGCACUCCUAUACACCAGCGAAUGCUACAUAAUUCAAGUCAAAAUAUAAAUGCUGAUUAUUAUCAAAAACGCAAUCCACAACCUCAGUACCAAUCAAGACAACCUCAUUAUAGUGAGCAGCGACAAAUUAUUAUGGACGACUAUAUUACUUCUCAGCAAAUGCACUCUAAUGUGGCAGCUCAAUUUCCGAGAGCUCAAAAACCUCCUGUCACUAGUCCAAUUUAUUAUCAACCAACUCGGCAAGGUGUAAUACAACGUCAUAAUACUGCUCCUAAAGUAACAUCACCACAAAGUUAUCCUCCGGGACAUGAAGCACUUGGGUCUUUGGUUGAUGUUGCAAUUAGGCAGCCCAGUUUACCUGUGCCUUUAAAUCAUUCUGAAGAUAGGCAUAGAGAACAAGAUCGUUAUAUGAGAGGGUCACCUGUGCCAAAGCAACAUAUGUACAGAGAACAACAAAGGCAUGAGCAAAUACAAAGAGAGCGUGAGAUGGCUGUGCAAAGAGAACGAGAAAUGCAAGCAGUAGCACAAAUCAGAGAGCAACAACAAAGAGAACAAUAUAUGAGGGAUAAACAAAUGAUGCAUCAUCGUCUUACUCCUGAACAACAUUCAAGAAUGGUAGCUGCUUCAUUUCAACAGCAGCGACAGCAAGAACAACCUAGAGUUAUGCAAAUACCAACUACUGUUUCAUCAUUUCAACAAUCUAGAUCUAAUACACCUGUAUCUCGGCAUCAAGACCCACAAUCAAAUAUACAAAAUAGAGAUAAUACUGUAAGUGGUCGAGUUUCUAGACAAGGUAUGGAAUCACAUGCAUUGACUGCUGCCAAUUUAAUUGAUGCCAUUAUCACACAUCAAAUAAAUCAAAGUAAUGAUGGAACUGGGCAUCCUCCUAAUGUUCCUCCGGUCAACAAUCAAGCUCAUAUUCAACAACAAAGAGCUGGUGAUAAAUUAUUUCAAGCAUUCCCAGAGGUAAAUGAAAAACAAAAUUCAAAACCACGAGAAAGUCCUGAAAUGAGUGGCCGUUCAGGAGAACCAUAUCCUUAUAUGCUAGCCACUGGCUUUGAACCUCAUACAUGGAAACUACGCCGUGCUUUACAACAGAAGGAAUAUGAACAACAAAUGAAGGAUGAUAAUAGUAGAGUUCGCUUUUAUCAAACUCAAGCUGAUAUACCAAUAUCACCUCUAGAUUAUGUAAAAAAUCGGAUUGUUGAAGUAAUGCGCACUUCCGAUGACGACAACAAAAAUGAGCAGGCUUACACUUAUCCAUUUUCAGCUGCAAUAAAUAUGUCAGCAUCAGCUACACAAAAGAAUAAUGAAACAUCUGAUACUAGCGGUGGUGGUGGUGGUGGUGGUGGUGGUGGUGGUGGAGGAGGAGGAGGAGGAGGCGGCGGCAGUGGUGUGGGAUCCAUGUUAACAGCGCAGUAUGAGCCAAUGUCUGAUGAAGACUAGUAUUUCUUCCAAAACACAGGGUACAUAUGUGUUGAGCAAGAUUUUUUUGUUUAGAAGUCUAGUCUUUUUCUUUUUUUUUUUUUUUUAUUAACUUGUUAAUCCAAUUUAAUAUACAUUUUUGAUUCACAUUAUAAGAAUUAUUUGUGUUCUGUUUAUUAUAAGUGUAACAUCUAAAGUAUAUUUUAUAUUUAUAAA